UACGGUACUUGCGAUGGUAGUUGUGCACAACAGCAUCAGAUGAGUUUUGUUUACUGUGCCAGGUGCAGAGUUCGUUUGGUGUGUUGUGCGGAAAAUGAAAACAAAUGCCCGAACGAACUUCAAACACGAAAUUUGGUUCAAUUUCUUUCAAUUCUUGUAAAGUUAUCCGUACGCAAUACUUUGUAUUGCUACACAUGCAGAAGGCAAGGUGAAUUGUCGAGUGUUGUUGUCGGAUAUGUUGUUUUCGGUAAAAUUUGAUUUACAACAUCUUUUCAAAUCGGAACUGUCUUUUGAGCCGGAUGUUCGUUAUUGUGAGUUUACAGCAAAAGUAGUGAUUUAUACUCCUUGCAACGAAGCACACGAAAUAAAUGGUGCGCCAAAUUAUUAUCCAUAAGCAAUUUCGCAGCAUUUGUACAGAAAAUAAAUGAAAAUUUUCAUAUUUGUGUGCUUUUCAAACGAGCAUUCCAUCAUUCGCAUAACCGUUAUAAACGUAGAACCUUCACACAUUUGACAGUUGCUGUCAAUUUUUACAAAAUCAAAACAAACCAAACGGUAACGUAACAGCUGGUGUAGCUGGAAAUCGGAAAACAAUAGUGUAGCUUUGUGAGAGAUACCUAAUAAUUGAGUGAAUUUAGUUCUUCCCCAUUUGAGUAUCACGGGCAUGUCAAAUAGUGAUUAUUUUUUAAUCAUAAAUAAAUAAGCUGCAAAUAUGCAAUUGGUGAAAGAACAGCAACGGGUUAAUGACUACCAAGCCAGUCGGAGUGAAGGUGGAGGAGGAAAUUGAUGAAGCUGCUUUCAAGUGCCUCAAGUACGAUAUGAUCAAGGAGAUAAUACCACGCAUCGGCAAGCGGGCCAAGUUCCUACAGCGGUACGAGGAGUACAAGGAGAACCUAACGGAACGACCCGCCUUUGCGGAGCUGCAGCUGGACGAAAAGGAACGAUUCUCACCAACGUCCCCGCAGAAACCUUCGCGGAUCGACUGGGGUCGGAUAGAGAAAGUCUGUGGCCCGGUACCUAUCUAUUUGAAGAAUCUGCUAAAGAUGUGUGGCUAUGAGGCGGAAAGCAGUCUGCGAAAUUUGAAUGACGAUGACUUCAUUGAUAUGGAGCGUUUCGCUCGGGAAGAGCUGAUCCACCUGGUACCGGCGACACAGUUCUACUUCCACAUCUUCUGCAGCGAUCCGGCUCGCGAAUUUCGGCUUGUUCCUGGCCACCGUAAGCUGCUGCUGCAGAUAAGCGCGUAUCUCAACUAUACCAAGGUGGCUAGUGAAAUACAACGGCCAGAACCGGCGCUCCGUCUACCAGCCGAUCUGACGAUUCAGCGUGAGCGUGAGCGUGAACAUCGGCUACUUUUAGCUCAGCAGCAACAUCAGCAGCAGCAACAGCAUCAGAAAGAACAACAGCACCAGCAGAAAGAGCACCAGCAGCAAAAGGAGCAGCAGCAACUUUUGCAGCAACAGCAACAGCUGCUGCAAGAAGUUGUCCGAAUGCAUCAGCAACCGCUGACAGAGAUACAAGAGCAGAUGCUGUCCGAGAUGAAAAUGUCGCACAAAAACUCACCACUCGCAUUCGAGCAGGCAACCGUGUUCCCUCCGCUCAGCGACGAGGAGCGCAUCAAGAAGAUUCAGGGCUGCAUUGUCAAGCUGAUCGACAUGUGGAGCGAAAAGCAACCCAUUAAGCUGCAGAUCACGGAGGAAAUGAUCAACGUGACCUACGAGACCAAUGGCUACAACGCAUUCAUUAAGUGUCCCAUGUGCGCGGUGCAGAUAAAGGUGUCGAAGCUGCCAACGAAGAAGGGCGAUCGGUUUGUGAUCUCCAACUUCUCGAAGCAUAUCAUCAAGAUGCAUUUUUCUCAGCUUAGCGACGGGGCCGGAGGGGGUGGGGGAGGCGUAGGCGGGAAUGGUGUCGGUGGGCAUGCGGGAUCGGUUGGCUCGGAGCGACAUCUAAGCAUGGAUAAUGUGUCUUCCUACUAUGGAGGGGAGAAUUCGGACAGCAACACGUACCCGUACGAUGACUAUGGGUCGGGUAAACGGCCAAAGCUGGACGAGGACGAUGAUGAGAUGGAUCCGGUGCCACCACAUUUGCUGCAUCCGUAUGUGAGCAUUAAGGACGAAAUUAUCGAUCUGGACGCGUAGCAGCUUGUGCCGAGGUACGGUUGUACUUUGUCGUCCAUAAAUCGCACGAGAACGGUUACUCGUGUCGAAAGCGAAAAAAGACGUUAAGGGUAAAGAUGAGACAUACGAACGAUAGCGCUUAAGCCAAUUUUUCCAUUCCUCAAUCAAACCAAAUAGCCUCUCUUAGCUUGUUGACUCUCAUAGAAUAACUGCAUUAUUUCUUAGAAUAAGUUAGGCUGUUAGAUUUUAAUCAAAACAAAGGUUUAACUUGCCGUGAAUUGUUUCGCAAUGAUGGUUACGAUUAAACCAAAAUAGCUGUUUUAUUUACUAGCAAUUAUUUGGUGGAACUGUUUGCACUCAAGCUAGGACGAAGUGGCAUGAUAAAAGACUUAAUUUUGGAACCGUAAUGGCUGAUUUGAAGUGAAUUUACCGUUUUACACGGGAUAGCUAGCGAACGUCGUAGGUAGGUUGAUAGGAAAUGGUGUAAAUAAGAGAUGAGUUAAAUUAUACUAGUAAAUGAUGAAUAAAUACAAACAUAUAUGUUCUACA